CUAGGAGUGUGUGUGCUCAAGUAAAAGCAUAAAAUAACUUACAAAACGCGAAACGUUGAAAGAUCGUGGCGGUGAAAAAGCAACAAGAAGCCACCGCGAGACGAGCAUAAUUCCAAGAAGCAAACGAAAACGAAAAAAAAGAAGAAAAAACUCGUGGACAAAAUUCACUGCGUUUGCUUUCGUUAAGUUACGUUGUUUUUUUUUUUACGUGCAACCGCGUACCGUAUCGUAACGUAUCGUCACGUUCCGGCGGCCGACCCCCCGACACAGCGCACCGCACCGCACCUCGCCUCACCUCUCCUCUUCAGCGUACCGUCCCCGCCCUAGCUCCCGCUGUCGCGCCGCCCGCUAACCGCUCGGCCCCCUCCGGCAUUCACGUUCUAUGGUAUUUCAACAAUAAAUUCGUUUGCCAGGCAAAUUACGCAAAAUAAUCCCCAUAAUCAAAAUGAGCAGCUCCGAGGAAGUCUCUUGGGUCACCUGGUUCUGUGGGCUUCGUGGCAACGAGUUCUUCUGUGAGGUGGAUGAGGAUUACAUACAGGAUAAAUUUAAUUUAACUGGAUUAAAUGAGCAGGUGCCCAAUUAUCGCCAGGCCUUGGACAUGAUACUAGAUCUGGAACCGGAGGACGAACUGGAGGACAAUCCCUUGCAGUCGGACAUGACCGAACAGGCCGCCGAGAUGCUCUACGGCCUCAUACACGCUAGAUAUAUAUUAACAAAUCGCGGCAUCGCUCAAAUGAUUGAGAAAUAUCAAACUGGCGAUUUCGGACACUGCCCACGUGUCUACUGUGAAAGCCAGCCAAUGUUGCCUUUGGGCCUUUCGGACAUACCCGGUGAGGCAAUGGUGAAGACCUAUUGCCCAAAGUGCAUUGAUGUCUAUACACCAAAAUCGUCACGUCAUCAUCACACUGAUGGCGCCUAUUUUGGCACUGGAUUUCCACACAUGCUCUUUAUGGUGCAUCCCGAGUAUCGGCCCAAGCGUCCUACUAACCAAUUUGUUCCACGGCUGUAUGGCUUUAAAAUUCACAGCUUAGCUUAUCAAAUUCAGCUGCAGGCAGCAGCCAAUUUCAAAAUGCCACUACGAGCGCACCUAGAACUCAAGAAUUCCCAAGAAUCGACCAAUAAGAGCAAUCAAAACGGGACACAACCACAACUCCCCACAGCUCUAGUGUACACUAUGGUGCCCAAAUGCUAUUAUGCCACAAACUAUGUCCUCGAAUCCGAUACGUGCUCAUCCCUCUCGUCACACAUUUCACUGGCGGAAACCAACCCAGUGGUUCCACCAGCCGCAGGAGGUCGCACUACAACAGUAUCGGGAUCCGAGGGAAACGGGCCACCGGCCCCAUCAAGUUCAGUAUACUCUCUGCAGGAGGAGAUCGAUCAGAACAAGAGCAACGAAGUGAUCGAACACGCCCUCAGUGGGGGCUCAGGGGUUCCCCAGCAGGAAGAAGAUACCCAAGAAUAGGAUACACCACGCGCAGAGGAGAAACCAGUAAAUGAGAGGCAGAAAUGAAGUGAGAGAGGGAGAUACCACUGGAUGGCGGCACCGCACGGCACGGCACAGAACCUUACACACACACACACACGUAAACCUUACCCACACAUUCAUACAUAACACACAUAGCAGAGCACAAGACAAAAGCAAAUCCGCAAGAUUCUCAAACGAAGACAAACUUCCAUGUGGACACACUGGGCUGCGGCAAGUGUUGCCUUAUUCAUCGCAAAAGCAAUAAUAAUAAUACAUACCUUUAUAAAAAUUAUAAUCGCAAACAAUUGAAAAAACAAUCAAUCAAAACUGAAAGACAAACAGAACGAUAAAAAGAGAAUAAAGCGCUUAACGAUAACCGAUAGUACACCCGAUUGUGCGGAGUGUGUGCGAUCAGUAGUGUUGUACUCGUAGAGUUUUCCCCCAGUAAACGGUUGUUCGACCUUGUUCUAGUUAAUGUACAAGUAGAAGAGAGUGUUGUGUUGCCACCACCAACCGCCACAGGUUUAGUUUUAGUUCUUUAAGAGGGUCCAAAAUUUCAGAAUCGUUGCAAACCCAGCCCAACCCCCUCCCCCACGCCAGCCUGCCACCAUGUUGUUUGUUUCUGUUUUUUAUACAUUCUAAACGCACUGUACUCUCAGAGGAUUUCACAAUUGUACUAUUGUAGAAAAGAAUUUGAAUUGGAAUUGGAAUUUGAAUUUGAAUAUUGCAUACAUUUUUAAAUCUGCCAAAACGUAAUAAUAUACAAACAUACAUAUAUAAU